AUGGAUGUAUUGUUUGAUGGAAAUGAUGGUGUUGUAACGGAAUCAGCGAUUUAUGUAGCACUUUGUAAACAGAUCGGAAUUCUCUUUGGUGAUUAUGGGAUGGCAGCAGCGAAACUUUCACUAAAUGUUAAGGUUUUCGAUGCUGGUACAGCAACAACUAUUGUCAGGAUAUCGAAGGAAUUUGCACAGCGACUGCUCAGUACGAUACCAUUUGUAUGCACAAUUGAUAGUAUAGCAGUUGUACUACAAGUGCUCUUUGUUGGUUAG